AUGGAUUUCAAAACUCGCUUUUAAGGAAGAACAUCUACUAUGGAUAAAAAUGGUAUUCUUGGGAUUGUCUAAAGUACAUCUUAGCCAAUCAAAAAAUAAAUUGAUUCUUAAUGUCUAAAACUAAAUACAAAUACAGAUCUAAUUGCAUAAUCAUACUUUUUUCAGAAAUUCUAAAAAAAUGCUGAAGCUAUUUUAUAAUAACCAACAGACUUUGAAACAACCCUAUCAUCACCUUCUGGAUAUCCAUCAUUUAGAUUUCUAUAAGAUCUUUAAAAAAUCAAUUUAGAUCAAUAUAAAAUUAUUGCCAUUCCAAAAAAAGCUUAGGAUGAGGAUAAAAACUUAUUAACUCAUUCAUUUGUACCUCUUUUAAAAAAUACUACUAAUAAUCAUCCCUUUUAAAAUUCUUAAAUAUCCUCACUGAACAUAAAAAACAACCCUCAUCAAAAUUUUAUUCCUAAAAUUAAGAAUUUGAAUCUUAAUAAUAAUAAGAAUCUAUUUAUUUCAGCUGGAUAUGGAGCACUUAAUUAAAAGAAAUUAAAUUUUUUGACAGACAGAAAAAUGAAUACAUAAUUAAAAUGA